CUGUACGACGAAAACAGUUUUGAGUCCCUAUCGAAUUGGAACAAAUUCUGUGGAUGUUUUUGCACUGUGAUAUCCUGUGAAAUGAAAUGGCUGCAUUAAAUAACAUAAAAAUCCAGGAAAUCUACACCAUGUGGUAACAAGAUGGUGAUAGUUACUGGUUGGAUGCAAAAUGUGGGGCCCUACCCAAAUAGCCGGGAUAUCAUAACGACUCCUCCUAAAAUGGCUGCACGGGCUGUUCUGAUCUGUAGGCCAAAUUCUCAUCCAUUCCAGGAACGCUCGCUGGUUCUUGAUCAGCCAGUGAAAAUUGGUCGAUCAGUUGCAAGAGCCCGCGCAGCCCAAAACAAUGCAAUCUUUGAUUGCAAAGUGUUGUCCAGAAAUCAUGCGCUGUUGUGGUAUGAAAAUGGAAAGUUUUACCUGCAAGACACAAAAAGUAGCAACGGGACUUUUGUCAAUAACCAACGUUUAAGUAAGAGUGCUGAUGAAUCUCCACCCCGUGAAGUUUGUUCUGGUGACAUUGUACAGUUUGGUGUUGAUGUGAUGGAGAAUGCCCGUAAGGUGACGCACGGCUGUAUAGUAGCUACAUUGAAACUCUACUUGCCCGAUGGGAAGGAAGCGAAGGCAAGUUCCUCAACAUCAGUCGUGAGCUCUAUUGGAGUGGUUCCACUUGAAGAUCUGUACCAGCUCAACCAGUACUUACAGGAUGCUUUGCAACGUGAACAGUUGCUUGAAAACAAACUUGCCACUAUGCAGAGGCUCAUGGAGACAACGCGACAAGCAUCAGACAGAAGCUGGAGAGCAUUGAUUGAUGAAGACAGGUUACUCUCGCGUGUGGAAAUACUGGAGAGUCAGUUGCUUGUAUACUCAAAGAAUUACGGAGAAGAUAAACUUCGAGAAGAGCUACGAAAACUGCAAGAAGAUAAAAGUCAGUACCUUGGUACAGCCAAAGAAUCAUUACGAAGGAUUCUUCAGGAGAAAUUAGAUGCAAUUACUAAAUUAGCUGAUCUGGAAAGAACUCUGAGUAACACUGAAGAUGAAGUUGACCAUUUGAAGGAUAUGCGAGAAAGGAGCCAACAGGAACUUCAGGAGCUAGCUCACAAAUACACUACUCAACUUCAGAAGGUCGAAGACUUGGCAUCCAAAUUGCAGGAGACCGAAGAACAACACCGUGAAAUAUGUGAGCGGCUAGAGCAAGAGAAACGAGAGUUGUCUGCCCAAGUGGAAGACCAGUUGUACUCGGAGGCAGCACUCCAAGCAAGGCUUGAUGCUGUUACUAAAGACAGUGAUCUUAUAUCGCAGCGACAACGUGCAUUGCUUCAAACAUGUCUUAACAACAGUCAUUCAAUCCUUGAUAUGAAAGAGAACUCUGAGACAAUGAAGGAGACUGAUUCCACUGGUACGCAGGUAGACCUGAUUUUAGAGAAAAUAGUUCCUGAUCGACAGACACAAGAUUAUUUGAAAGAUGCAGCAGAUAAUAUAAAAUUUCAGCUACAAAAGACAGAAGAUGCUUUACAAGAAAGUCAUGCUGAAGUGCGCCAGCUGUAUGUUAAACUGGAAGACGCACGUUCUCAAGAAGACUCACUGUUAGAUAACGUUCACCAGCUGGAAGAAAAUUUAGCAGCUCUAAGGAAACAAGUUGACAAAACUCCUCAUGAUAACUCUCAGACAAUUGCCCAGGUGAACGCUAAUCAGAACAACAAAUUAAAAGCCGAAGUAAUUAAACUUGAAGAACUGCUGAGUGAAGCACGGAAUAAAGCACAGUCUGCUGAGGAACAAGUAUUACUGUAUCAGAAGGAACUUGAAAAUGUUCAGCAGAAAGUAAAGAGCUUAACGGAAGAGGCGACUAUUCUUCAGCAGCAACAUCAGGUGUAUCAGUUCAUGGCUGAAAAUAAAUCUGACACUGUGGGAAAGUUACAUGAAACUAUAAAGCGACUGACAUUUGCAAGAGAUCAGCUGCAACUGGAAGUUCAUAAACUGGAGGAAAAGCUCCAAGUGGAAGUAGCAGCUUCUCGUCAUCAUAGUGAUGAGUCAGAGCGCUUGCGAAAGCAACUUGUGGAAGUGCAGCAGUGUGUGAAGCAAGGACAUAAUGAGGCAGAAAAAAUGAAGGAUAGGCUGAAUGCUCUUCAGGCUGAAUUAGAUGCACGUAUAAAUAGUGCAGAACUAAUGUCUGACAAUAAAGAUAAAGAGGAGGUUCAGCAGCUAUCCAACCGCUGCAUGAUCCUGGAAGCUGAAAAUCUCAGGUUAAGAGCGGAGUGUGUGAAGUUGAACAAACAGUGCAGUGACCAGCUUCAAAUUCAGGAAGAAUUGGAAGCACUGAAAUCACAUUUGUCAAGUCAUCCUAUUGGUAACUCCUUAGAAGAAGUGGAUGAACUUAAGAACCAGAGGUCAAAAAUGACUGAGAAGGUGAAUUGUCUUGAGGAAGAACUUGUGCUUGUGAAAGAGAGGUAUGCAAAAUGCAAUGAUGAACAAACUCGUCUGAUAAAAGAACUUGAAAUACUGAAACAAGACAGUGGUAGUUUGCUUAAUCAGACAUAUGCUGCUUUGUGGUGUGGAUUGGUACCAUUCAUCAUAGUGUUCCUGGGAAUUAUUAUGGCGUUCUAUCCCACAUUGUCUUUCUUCAUGGGUACAGCUGAUUCGCCACUUCAACCAUAGUGAAGAUGUACAAGAACAGUGUGUUAUGAAUGAUUCCAACUGUACAAGGAAAGCAUAAUGCAUAUGAAAUUUUGUUAGCAAGUGUCUCAGGGGUCAAGAUAAAAUAAUUUAUGUGCUUUAAUAUUGCAAUACAAGAUGAUAUUUUUUUCAUCCACUGUUUAAAUAGAUUUAAUGAUGUAGGACCUCUUUUAUGUAUCAUGAAAUAUUUUAGUUGUAACUGUUUUUUAGUCUGUAUUAUAUGAUGAGUAUUAUGUUAGUAGCAUUCUGCUUCUGAUACUUUCUAAACAUACUCCUGUUUCAUUUGGUAAAACUUGUUUUAUGUGUAAUGUUCUGUCAUUGCAUGACUUUUUAAUGUUGUAUUACUCAUACUUACUUUUUGAAUCUGUCUGCUUGUUUGUACACUUGUUUGUAUUUUUUGCUGCUUUGGUUUGUUGUUGUUGUUGUUGUUGUUGUUGUCGUUGUUGUUGCCAUUGCUGUUGUUAUUGUUGUUAGUCUGAUGUAUUUGUUUUAAGAAAAAGUACAAAAUUGGAUUUUCGAGUUUUAUAAUUUGGCACAAAAGUUUCUUUCUAAGAGGUGUGUGGGUGUGGGUGUGUGUGUGUGUGUGUGUGUGUGUGUGUGUGUGUGUGUGUGUGUGUGUGUAAUAAUUCAUUUGUGGGGAAAAUUUCUGCACCCAGCUGUAGCUAUAUGGAACAGUUGUCAGAUGAAAAUUUAAAGUACUUAUUAUAUGUAGUGCAAGAACUGGCAAAGAUUAAGUGGAGGUGACAGUUGUGGUAAUGAUUGUAUCUACAACAAAAUCAUUGCUGCUUCAAUUUGACAAAAUAGUGAGGAAGAAAUUGGUGAUGACUAUAAUCAAGGAAUCAUUCUGACAUUUGCCUGAAGUGAGCAAACUUAAAUUGGCGCAUGGAAUGAAAAUUAAUCCAGAUCCUCAUGAACAGAAGUCUGUUACCUUAGCUGAGUAGCAUAUAACUUGGUUGCAAGACAAGGACUGUGUCAUUGAAGCACAAAUUCUCACUCAUAGAAUUUUUUCCCCUAUUAUGUUGAUGUUGCAAUUUUAUUUUGUGGAUAAAUAUAUUAUUUUAACCAUUUCAGUUCACUGAGAAUAUAUGGAACCCAAUGCUUUUUUGUGCUAAUAUUGGUAAUUAAAUUCAGUAUGUUCUGUUCUGGAUUAUAAUCUUGUGCCAACAAAUGAAGUUAAAUGGUUUGGUAAUAACAACAUAAAACUGUAAAAUGUAGAAUUAAUGCUGUGUGUAAAGUUAGUAACAGUAAGUUACAAUGAUUAUAUCGUGUUAUUUUAAUUUUGUUUUUUUUUUUUUCCAUUGAGAAGCAAAAAUGAUUCACUCCUUCAGUUUGAUUAUGUUGUAAUCGUUUGUUUUAUAGUGUAUAACUCCAAUUAAUAAUCACAUAACAUAAUGUGUGCAACCUCUGUAGAGACAUUUAUAUUAAUAUGUUAUCAUGCACUAGUUUGGGUAAACGUUUGUUUAAGAUUUGUAGACAAUGUUGUGGAAUGUUGUAGAAUCAUCAUGAAAUUUAUAAUUUUAUACCUUUUUAAUACCAGCAAAGCUUACAGUGGCUGAUCAUUACUGUAAUAAUGUGGUAAACUGUGUGAGAAGCACAAAAGUGUAAGAGUAUUCAGGAUGUAUUUUAUGUACAUAGAGAAACUGUAUAUAUACAGAAAAAAGCAGGGGAAAAAGAAGAGGUAUGUUCCUGCUAUACGACUGAGUAAGCCAUCACUGUCUUGCCGUAUGCAAAAGAAGUUGUCCAUUUGUGAUAUUCACUAUGGAUCAAAUAAAAAAACGUGCGUGCACGUGUGUUGUUAGGUGUGAGUGUGUGUGAGAGAGAGAGAGAGAGAGAGAGAGAGAGAGAGAGAGAGAGAGGAAAAAUGCAAACAUGAAGCUCUACCUGGUAGAACUCUGUAAUAUUUUAAUUGAGAAGUAUGACUUGUAAUUCCCGGGAGUGGAUGGUUUGCCAAAUCUUUUUUAAGUAUUUGUGUGGUGCUGUGUUCUGUAAAAUGGUUAGUUCUCUUUUAUAUAUAAGCCAUGUAUUUGGAAUACCAUAGCAAAGAAAGUAUGUGGUUGAAGUGUGUUUCUCCUCAUGUCAACUUCCACCCUUCAAAAAGAGUAUUUGAAAUGGGGUUGGCAUAUUGAGAUUAUUGAUUGUAGGCUGUAGUAUUUUUUCUAACAGUAAAAAAUGAAAGCUAAACAAGAUACUGGUUUGAUAUAGGAUUACAGAAAAUGUGCAUUGGAUAGUAUUUCUUGAAUGCUAGACAUUAUUUUGUUGUUUGUGAAGAUAGUAUUUUAUAUUUAAUUAAACAUAAUGAAUUCCUAAAUUGAAGUGGUGUAGAGAUAUGUUACCUCUCAAGGUGCCUUUUCAGUUUUCACUGUCCCAGGGUAUGAAAUUUACUGGUUUGUCCAGAUGUGGACUUGAAUAGCCUAAGUUAAUACCAUUGCAUGAUGUGUGAUAGUAUUUUUCCCCCCUCUCAACAGCGUUAAUGAAGAAAAUUGCUGUUAGUGGUGUGUACCAUUAACUGUAGAUAUUGUUAUUAUUUUAUUUAAAUGUAAAUAUUAUAAAUUUUGUAAGUAACUGUAUGCUCAAAUUAUAUGCCAUCUGCAGGAUUGCUUUGUGUCUAUGUACCUGCAGUAAGAAUGUCAAAUUUCGUGAUUUUUCUUAAAAAUGUUUGUAUACAUUUAUUUCAACAUACAAGGAAAUUUUAUUUUAUUCAACAAUAUGUAAAAUUAUAUAUUUAAAAUGAGCAUUUUUGUUUACUGUUUUAUAGAAAUACUUAAAUAUUGUUACUUGAUAUGUUAAAUUCAUGCCAUUGUUUUUACAGUUCUGUUCAAAGAAGGAAGAUUGACAAGAAAUGUAAAUAUUUUGUGAACUUGAAGUCAUAACUUUAGUAAGUUAGUAAUUCAAGAUGAAUUACUAACUGUCUUACAGAAGUCUAGUCCCAAAUUUUAAAUCUACAGAUUUAUUUAUUGAAGAAUGAUUAUGUUUAAAAGUGCUUUACUUUUACAAGAAACCUACCAAUUGACUCUGUUAAAUGUUUUGUACAUUGUGUUAAACAAUUACAUGAUUGCUAAUACUGUUUGUGAUAA